ACGUAACUUCAGAUUUUAGCGCGGAUUUCUAAGCGACAGCGGUGUAUCUCAGAAGCCCGGGUUCACUUCAGCAGGCUGGAGGCACCUGUGACUUAACAGUGACGUUGUGCUCGACUCUCCUCUGAUGGAGUACGGAAAGGAGAGAGUGGUGGCGUUAGUAGACAUGGACUGCUUCUACGUCCAGGUGGAACAGAGACUCAAUCCAGCUCUGAGGAACACGCCCUGUGUGGUGGCCCAGUACAAGACGUGGAAAGGAGGCAGUAUCAUAGCUGUGAGCUACGAGGCCAGGGCCCACGGUGUCACCAGGAACAUGUGGGUGGACGAUGCAAAGACACUUUGCCCAGAUCUCCAGGUGGCACGAGUGCGUGAGUCUCAUGGCAAGGCAGACCUGACGCAUUAUAGGGAUGCGAGUGUGGAGGUAAUUGAGGUGAUGUCUCGCUUCGCUGUGAUUGAGAGAGCCAGCAUUGAUGAGGCUUACAUGGAUCUGACCACUGCGAUCCAGCAGCGGCUGAAAAACAUGGCAGACAAACGAAUUGAGCCUUGCAUGUUGAAGGCGACCUACAUCCAGGGGUACCCACAAACUUCACCUGAACAGGAAGCCUCUGCAGAGGAUGCUGCCUUGGAUAAAGGAUGUUUCCCCUUAACAGCAACAGAGGAGCUGCGGUCCAGAGGUCUCCGGCAGUGGCUGGCAUCCGUCGAUGUCCCUCCAUCAGGGGAACAGAGCGCUGCAGAACUGCAGCUAACCGUGGGGGCACUCAUCAUCGAGGAAAUGAGAGCAGCCAUGGAAAAAGACACAGGUUUCCGCUGUUCAGCAGGAAUAUCGCACAAUAAGGUCUUGUCUAAAUUAGCUUGUGGCCUGAACAAACCGAACCGACAAACUGUUCUCCCGAUGGACUCUGUGACAGAACUUUUCAGCUCUCUACCCAUCAGCAAGAUCCGUAACCUCGGGGGUAAGCUGGGCGCCUCCAUUGCAGAAACUCUGGGAAUAGAAAAUAUGGGAGAUCUGACCCGCUUCCCUCAGGCUCAACUGGGUCAGCACUUUGGAGAAAAGACGGCCCAGUGGCUGUAUGACUUGUGUCGGGGGAUGGAAUUUGAAGCGGUGAAACCCAGACAGCUUCCUAAGUCCAUCGGCUGCAGUAAAACCUUCUCUGGGAAGUCAUCGCUGGCUUCGAAAGAGCAGGUCCAGUAUUGGCUUCAUCAACUGGCCCUUGAGCUGGAAGAGAGGCUUACCAAGGACAGAGAAGCGAAUGGUCGAGUGGCUAAGUCGCUGACUGUGGGUGUCCAUCAGCUCGGGGACAGGAGGCCGAACAGCUUCUCUCGUUGUUGUGCUUUAGUGCGCUACGAAGCGACCAAACUCUCUGAUGACAGCUUUGCCAUUAUCAAGAGUCUCAACGCAGCAGGAAACCAGCAGGCAGCAUGGACUCCACCCCUCACCCUGCUGCACCUUUCGGCGAGCAAAUUCAGUGACGCUCCGUCAGCAGGGGGCAUUGUGGGCUUUCUUUCCAGCGAUGUCACGUCGACCCAGAGUCUUCUCUCAACCACUCAGCCCUCCAGCCUGCCACCCUCUGACCUGAAAAAUGACUCGGCAUGCAAACAGCCUGGCACCAUCCAGGCCUUCUUUCAAAAGGCAGCUGAGAAACAAACACAGAAAGUUACAAAAGAUGUCGACGAGGACGACUACGAUAUUGAGUCCACGGCGAUUUCCCCGGCUUCCUCCUCUCGGAACACCUCUGUUACUGACAGCCAGUUAGUGGCCGAUACCACUUGUCCCAUUUCUUCUCCUACACUUAUUUCUUACACUAAAAGUGGUACAGCCAGCCCCCGUUCUGGCAUUUCCUUUUUUUUCCACAAGAAGAAUAUUGAUAGAAGCUCACAGGCCCCGGCCUCGGGACAUAACCCUGGUGCUGAAGAAAUGGGAGACGCAGACGACACUGUUGGUGCUGUGUCAGGACUACAGUCUAAACAUAAGCAGUCACUAUGUGAAGAGUUAAAGGAUGAACUGGGUAUUGAUCCAGAAAUAAAUCGCCAUCCUACUCGUGUGGCCAGAGAAGACCUGUUAAACUGUGAGCGCUGUGGCCAGGAAGUGUUAGUCUGGGAGAUGCCUGAACACAAUGACUAUCACUUUGCCGUGGACCUCCAGAAUUCACUCUCUUCAUCCACAGGUCCAGCACCCGUCUCUUCCUCCACUGUUUCGUCUCCUUCCGAUGGUUCUCCAACUCCUCUGAGAGCUCAGUCCUCACGCGGGAAGACGAAAUCCGGAGGCCAGUCAAGACCGCGACCGAAAAAGCAUCGCGCCCAGGGUGGAAGCACGGGCACUCUGGAUUCUUUUUUCAAGAGGAACUGAAGGUUCGCUGUCGAGCUGCAUCUAAGUAGAAUGUGAUGCCGUCGACUGAUGAUGCCUAUACAGUACAUCACAAACAAAGUUGAUGCCUUGGUUAAAGAAUGAGAAGCCGUUUUGUGUACAGGACUUGUAUUAAAUGUUACUGUGCUCUAAAAAAAAGUAUACCGUGUAUUUGUAUGCAUUUUAUGUCACAUAACCUUUUUAUUACAAUGGGAAUGGCAGUACUUUAAAGGGAUAGUUUUUAAACCAGCCUAUAUUAAAGAUAGUUUCUAAAAAUGUU